GUCUGGCGCGAUUUAAAAAGCCGUAUAAGCGUACGCGUACGUGACCGGAAGAGGCAGCAGGCUCUAACAGGCAACAGGCCGAUCGACCAGCCGCCUUUAACGGAUAUGGAGAGGCGCGUAAUUGCUCUGAUUGGGAGCAACUACAUCGAGGGUCACGAAGCGGUGCCCGAUAAUGUGCAAUUGGAAGAGGAGCUGCAAUUGGCCAUGGAGGAUGGGGAGGAAAUUCUCUUCCAUGCAGUGACGGCAGCAUCAGAGUUUGGUGCCGACAGCGAGGUGCAGGCCAGAACACCUAAAAGUUCUGCGCAGACACCGCGUAGGGGUUUGAAGAGGAAGCGGGCGGAAGAAGAGAGCGAUGCCCAGAAAGAAUUUCUGGAAAUCGCUGAAAAGCAAGCCGAUGUCUUGAAGGUGAGAAAUAAAUACACAAGUUUACAGAAAUAA